UACCCUCACCUGCGGGUCCACGGAUAGUCUAUCUCAUAUCUAAAGCACGCAUCGUCCUUCCAGGCCAAACUGCCCCACCACCCAGCUUUUCAAAAUGGCCCUUCUUGUGCCCUUCGCCGUCAGCCUCGCUGCCAGCUACCUGAUCGCGACGGCUCUGUACAAUCUUCUUCUGCAUCCACUUGCCAGCAUCCGUGGCCCCCUCCUCGCCCGCAUCAGUUCGCUCCCUUCAUUCUACCAUGCCUGCAAAGGGGACCGGCACAUUUGGAUUUGGCAGAAUUUCCAAGUCUAUGGCGACAAAUUUCGUGCCGCCCCCAACUUGGUUCUGUUCAACAGCACACGCGCCUACACAGAUAUCUACGGCGCCCGCGCCAAUAUCACCCGCAGCGAUUUCUACAAGGCAUGGCAGCGCAACAAGUACGAUGUCCACACAAUCAAUUCGACCGAUCCCAUACUCCAUGCAAAGAAGCGCAAGCUGCUAAACCUCGUUUUCACCGAGCAAUCGCUCAAAGCCGCGAGCCCGCUGAUAAUCCGCCAUGUGGACCGAUGGGUCCAGUUGUUGAGCAGCCCCGCACCAGAUCGGCCAGGCAAGGACACGGAGGGCUGGUCUCAACCCCGGGACAUGGCGACCUGGGUGGACUAUCUCGUCUUCGACAUUCUGGGAGACUUGUGCUUCGGUGAAAACUUCAACACGAAGGAGCCAGGCGAGAAUAAGCUGAAGAAGCUGCCGCAUCUGAUAAUGAAGCAGGUGGCCCUAGGCCAUAAGAUCUCCAAAUCUCCUCUUUUCAACUUAGUCCUUUACCUCCAACCUCGCGGACUCAACAAACUGAUGGAGCGUGCCCGUAAGAUCGAGGUCAAAGAUUACAAUGCAUUUGUCGAAAGCAACGUGGACAAACGGAUAGCUGCCCACAAAGCAGGCGCGAACGUCCCAGGUCGUGAGGAUAUGUUCCACUUCCUUCUCACGGCCACAGACCCGGACACCAACCUCCCCGCCUUCUCCAACCGGCACCACCUACUCGCCGAAACCCGACUACUGGUUCUAGCUGGAACGGAUACCACCGCCAUGACACUCUGUGCCUUGUUCUUUUACCUCGCGCACAACCCGCGCGUGCUGUCCAAACUGGCUCAGGAAGUUCGAUCUACUUUUAGCUCAAGCGACCAGAUCGUCCUUGGAACGAAGCUAAGUGGAUGCAAGUACUUGCGCGCUUGUAUCGACGAAACACUCCGCAUGGCUCAUCCGGCUCCUAGUGAAUUGCCACGCGAAGUCCUCCCUGGCGGGGCUGUUAUUGAUGGGCACCUGUAUCCCGCUGGAACAGUUGUCGGCUGCGCAGGUUGGUCCAUGGGUCGCAACGAAACCGUCUUCGGCGAUGUUGCCACGUAUCGCCCGGAGCGUUGGAUCCCUUCCUCUGAUCCGGACACUCUCAACUCGGACGCCGAUGUACAGAAGUUAAAGAGGGCAUUCCAUCCCUUUUCUAUUGGAUCCAUGAAUUGUGCGGGACAAAAUCUUGCGACUCUAGAGCUAUUGCUCGUGAGCGCGAGGACAGUCUGGGGAGCUGACUUCCGAUUAGCGCCAGGCCAGGCCGCAUGCCUGGGAGAAGGGCGCCCGGACAUGGGAUGGGGCCAGAUGAGUCCAACAGAGUACAUGGUGAAGGAUGCUUACCUCUGCUUGAAAGAAGGCCCCGUCCUUCAGUUCAGGCAGAGGCUAGAGGGAGCAUGAUUUGCAAUGGUUUGUCGGAUCUAAUGUUGGCCUAUGUAUCUCUACUAAAAACGGCCCAUAUGAUCUUAGCUCGAGUCUAUAGAUUCAAGUCCGGAAACCCUUUCUACCUUCAGAUACACUCAAACUUCUUCAAUCGCGCGAGAAGGUGCAGGUGCUUCAAACUCCGCAUCGACCACUCGUGCGCCUCCGAAUGACACGGCGCUGGACCCAAAGUGCACGGGUCUUGCGGAAGGACGAAGUCAGAGAGGGGAACCGCGCACAUCCAGCCCACUAAUCAACACUUU